GGCGGCUCUCURAGGAAAAACAUGGUCGACAAGAAAGAACCCGAGUCUGUUACCUACACAUCAAUCAAAGAYGGARCUAAAMAGACAAUUCCAAACACGCUCAUUUAUGGCUCCUGUAGAGCAGUUACAGAAUUUGAAAAAUUAAACAGGAUCGGKGAAGGAACGUACGGAAUUGUCUACAGGGCUAGAGACACAAAGUCCAAUGAAAUUGUAGCAUUGAAGAAAGUYCGAAUGGAAAAUGAAAAAGAUGGCUUUCCUAUCAGUAGCCUUCGUGAGAUAAACUUAUUACUGAGCCUUAGACAUGAGAAUAUUGUCCUACUUAAAGAAGUAAUUGUGGGUAAACACUUGGAUAGUAUUUUCUUGUCGAUGGAAUACUGCGAACAGGAUGUUGCAAGUUUGUUAGACAACAUGUCCACGCCAUUCACAGAGGCUCAAAUCAAAUGCCUGAUGAUUCAGCUCCUCAAAGGAACACAGUACCUCCAUGAUCGCUUCAUAGUACACAGAGAUCUCAAAGUAUCCAAUCUUUUGCUCAAUGGUAGUGGUGUGCUGAAGAUAGCCGACUUUGGAUUGGCCAGAACCUUUGGAUACCCWUACAARCCAAUGACUCCAUUAGUGGUCACCCUGUGGUACCGUGCCCCAGAACUUYURUUCGAUGCCAAAAUCCACACCACAGCAGUAGAUAUGUGGGCUGUUGGGUGUAUUUUUGGAGAACUUCUUGGAAACAAGCCUUUAAUGGCUGGAAAAUCAGAACUCAACCAAAUUCAGCUUAUUGUGGACCUUCUAGGCUCACCAAGUGACCAGAUAUGGCCAGGAUUUUCACGUUUGCUUGUAAGCAAGAACUUUACAUUGAAAUGGCAGCCCUAUAAUAACCUUAAGCACAAAUUUUCUUGGUUAAGUCAAGCAGGGCUGAAUCUGUUGAAYCACAUGUUAYUGUAUGACCCAUGUCGAAGAGCAACUGCAAAGGAAUCUUUAGAAAAUUCGUACUUUGUUGAAAAGCCUCUUCCUGUCGACCCAGAUAUGAUGCCUACAUUUCCUGAACAUAGAAAUUACAAGAAGAGACCUGCAGCAGAAAGGUCAAGGCCAGUACAAGAAAGCCAGCCAUUCUCAGCAAACUUUGCUGAUUCUUUUGGACCACAAUUGCCUGUCCCAGUUAAAAAGCGAAAGUCUAAAUAAAUUUAAAAAAAUACAAUGCUUGGAUUUUUUGGAAACUCYGGCACCUUCCCAUUGUAGCGGGAAAUGUGUGUAACCCAAAUGCAGUGUUCAUGCUACAUUAUCACUACAAAAUUCGAGGACUUCUUGAAAAUAUUGUUUGAUGUUUGUGGACGUUCCAGAGGCGAUUUUCAAAAAUAGCCACAUUUCAA